AUGGACGGAUGUGCGAACAAGCCAUGUCAACACGGUGGUACUUGCCUGCCACGAUUCGGCAAGAAGUACAACUGUUUGUGUCCUCCGUACCGUACUGGUGAAAACUGUGAAGAGGACAUCGACGAAUGCGCCAUCUAUGAAGGGACCCAUGCAGGAUGCCAGAACAAUGCAACAUGUGAGAAUCACGACACAGGUUUCCGGCCCUCUCUGUCAGUAUCGUCUAGUCCCACAUGCUCACCGUCAUUGAAGUAUGUGUGGAGACACAUGUCCCUAAGCAUCGACGUCGAAACACAUCAGAAACAGAUAGCAACAUACAGAUGCAUCUGUGAUUGGGGUUAUAAGGUGUCAGAUGACAAGCUGAAUCCUACAUGUGUUGAUGUCGACGAAUGUCUUGAUAAUCCGUGUCACCCUGGAGUGGACUGCAUCAACUUGCCGGGCAAAUUUCAGUGCACAGGCUGCCCAAAGGGUUACCAUGGUAACGGUCAGAUUUGCGCAGACAUUGACGAAUGCGCAGCCGAAAUCUAUCCCUGUUCGUCAAUUCCACACGUUCCAUGUUUCAACACUAUCGGCUCGUUUCACUGUGGAAAUUGUCCGCCAGGCUAUCAGGGUGACGGUCGGUCGUGUACGAAACGGUCUGCUUGUGAUGGUGCUCCAUGUCAUCCCACUGCUACUUGCGUUGAGGAUCAAACAUCGCUGAAUCCCGGUGGAUACACCUGCCUCUGCCCUGCCGGUACAAUGGGCGACGGAAUAGGUGAAAGCGGCUGUGUACAAAGUAAUUCUACAAUAUGUCGUGAAGGUAUCUGCAUGAAUGGCGGCACAUGC